AUGUACGAUGAAGAUGUCAAGGUACCCCAUGGCGUGGACUUGCCAGUCACAUCUCCAGAAAAUUUGUACCUCAUGCCCGGAGAGCAUGCAGUCGUGCGUAUCCAGUAUGGGCAUACGAAUCGAGAACAAGAGGUCGUUUGGGCUGAACGAGGUGACAGGAGGAUAACCAAGAAUGCCUAUCAGGCUAGACACUGGUUGGUGGCGAUUAAGGUGGUGAACGUGUCGAACUAUAGUGUCUGGAUCGACAUGAAGACACCGCUCACCAGGAUUGUCCAAUAUGACCUCAACCCGGAUCUACAGAAGUCAGGAUGGCUCGGUUACAAGAUCUCGCAGUUCAAGAUGCUGAACCACGGAGAAUUGGUGGAUGCGGGUACGCAAACGGAAGAAGACCUCCUGGCGACAACCAGAAUGGACAUCGCUACACAGGUCAGUGAGAGUCAGCUAGGUAGCCAUGGAUGCGAUCCUGGCGAGGGGAAGAUUCAGGAUGAUGACCAAGGCGGUACCUCUGUGGAGAUGCCUCCAGAACCGACUACCGAAUUCGAGGAGCACCAGGGCGGCGGAAUGUCCUCGGAAAUACACACCGAAUAUGGCGAUUCAGGGUUGCUCCCAGAAAAGACAUCCUGUACACUACUCGAGAAGCUGGAGAUGGAGUACGAAAGCUGUAUGAGGAUCAGUGCUGAAGAGUUGGAUUUGGAACCAGGCGAGUAUAUUCGUAUAAAAAGUGAGAUGCUGGCACAAUUGCGAGACCUGUUGGUCAUGCUACCAGAAUUGAGUGAAUUCCACCCAGAAUGCAACAUCGAUCAGGCCGAUGUGGGAGUCCCAGUAGGGACAUACCCCGAAGAUGAGUCCAGGAUGGGUGCGAUUCUGAAACGCCAUAGGAAGAUUUUCCUGGGAGAUGGAAAUGCUGCACCAGCCCCCGCUAGAGGAGUGGUAUGUGAUCGUGAUGUGGGGGAAGCCAAACCCAUCGCGUUACGCCUAAGCUCAAUUGGACCGCACGUGGCAGUCAAGGUGUAUGAACUCUUCAAGAAGGUGCUCGAGAACAAUCUGAUUGAGCAUUCAGAAUCGCAAUGGGCAUCUCCGAUUGUGAUCGUGCUCAAGAAAAAUGGGGUGGACAUCAGGAUGUGUAUUGACUAUCGACUUGUGAAUAAUUUCAUCCAGCCGUUUAGCUACCCGCUACCUUUCAUCGACGACCUGUUAGUCGGUUUUGAGAAAGCACUCUGGUUCAUGAGCCUGAAUAUGGCCAGUGGUUUCUGGGCAAUCAAGAUGACUGAAAGAGCCAAGUUGAUUUCAGCUUUUAUAUGUCCAUUUGGACAUUUCUAG